ACAGCUGAUGAGAUGCUUCUUCUUUUUCUAGUUUAUCCCUUAAAAACUGAAGGGCGAAGGAUAAUUCAAUGGAGUCGAUUUUGUGAGAAUACACAUACAAAUGUGUAAAUUAAAUUAAUGAAAGGCCUGACAUCAAUAAAAGUAGAACCUACCAAAUACUUCAAUUAAACAGAUUGCACAAAAUGAGCAGUGACACAGACACAUCCGCUUCCACAUCACCACAGAAAUAUAAAAAGCAUAAGAAAAGCAAGAAGCUAAAACGCAAAACUGACAAAAAGAAGCAUAAAAAUAAGGAAAAGAAACGCCACAGGGACAAGAAGCGGGACAGCCAAAAGAAACACCGUGUGGAGGCCGAAGCCAUUUUGGCAAAGCAUGGCAACGAAAGUACGGAAGUUGCACAAAUUAAUGACGCAUUCGGCCCAGCGCUCCCACCACAUUUGCUCAAGGAUGCUCUUAGCAUCAACAAAACUUUAAUAGGCCCUGAGUUUCCUCGUGAACUUUUGCACACAACAGAGGGUAGUAUGAAGGCAACUGAACCUUGUGAACCCAAUGACAAAGAUAAUGACAGAGAAGUUGACGCCACGGAUUUUUGCUAUGGUCCCAUGCCAGUUUCCGUUGAUGCUGAAGGAAUGGUAAAAAUGAGCGCAACACAAAUCGAGUUAGAACAGCGUGCGUUAGAAUUAAAAUUGGCUGCUAUUGAAGGUGCAGGACAAACGACGGACGCAAAAGUACGUGAAGAAUGGAUGCUUGAACUGCCUGCUGUAGGAUUAAAAGGAGGACUUGCAGCGCUUUCGAACAUGAAGCGAACAUUUCAUCAGGGCAAAGAAAGGCCGGACUUUAGUGACCGCUCAUCUUGGACAAAAACACCUCAGGAUGCAGAGAAUCCAACUCCUUGCACAUCUAAAGGUACCACAUCGGCUGAGGCAUUAAAGCGAAGUGCUGAGGCUGCUUAUGAACGGCAACGCGACGAGGAACAAGAACAACUUGCUAAGAAGCACAAAAAGAAACACAAACGAGAUGAAUCUUUAGUAGAUAUUCAUCAGAGGAAGUUGAGAAAGGAACAAAAAAAAAGAGAAAAGGAAUUAGCUGCUGCUGGCGCUAAACCCGAACGUCGCCCGUUCAGCCGUGACGUGGAUUUAAAAUUAAACAAAAUCGAUAGUAAUCAAACGAAACAAAUAGUUGAUAAAGCAAAAAUACUAAAUACUAAGUUUUCAAGUGGCAAAACUAAAUAUCUUUAGUUCAUUAAAGUUUGGUUGCCAUGUAAAAAUAUUUUUUAGAAUAAAUUAAUUUAAAAGACCUCCAAUUGU